AAUAUUAAAAAGAACACUAUAUUCUGUCCAGUAAGAAAACUUUAAUAUUAAUGUGUUCCACCACCAUAAUAAUGGUGCUAGAGUAGUUCAUAUCUCACUCACUCACUCUGAGAGAAGAAGGAUCCAUGGAAAACACACAGAAUUAUAUGAUGAGCAUGGAAGAAUCAUUAUUAUCUAUUAAAAAGAUAAAAAAUGAUGAACAUCAUUUCAUAUUAUGGGAUGAGUUCAUUGAAGAAGCAAAGAGAUUAGGUUAUAUAGCAGCGCCGAUGAUGGCUGUGAAUCUAUCUUUGUUCUUGAUCAACGUUGUAUCGAUGAUGAUGGUCGGUCAUCUCGGAGAAUUAGCGCUCUCUAGCUCCGCCAUAGCCGUCUCUCUGUCUUCUGUUACUGGCUUCAGUGUUCUUAGCGGAAUGGCCUGUGCACUAGAAACUCUAUGCGGGCAAGCGUACGGCGCGGAGCAAUACCGAAAACUUGGAAACCAGACUUACAGUGCUAUAUUUUCUCUGAUAUUAGUAGCUUCCGGUGUGUCUAUCAUAUGGAUGAACAUGGAGAAGCUGCUCAUUUUGAUUGGUCAGGAUCCUAUAAUAGCUCAUGAAGCUGCUAACUUUAUAAGAUUGCUUGUUCCUGCACUUUUUGCUUAUGCAAUUUUCCAACCAAUUGCUAGAUACUAUCAGACACAAAGCUUAACCACUCCUAUGCUCAUAACCACUUUAGUAACACUUUCUUUUCACAUACCCUUGAGUUGGAUUUUAGUAUUCGAGUCGCGGCUCGGAAACCUCGGAGGAGCAUUAGCGAUCAGUGUUUCGAAUUGGUUGAAUGUUGUUUUUCUUGUGUUGUACAUGAGAUAUUCUUCUGCUUGUGCAAAAACUCGAGUUCCGGUUUCUAUGGAAGUGUUCCAAGGAGUUGGGGAGUUCUUCCGUUUCGCUAUCCCGUCUGUUGUGAUGAUUUGCCUACAAUGGUGGUCCUAUGAAAUUGUAAUCCUCCUGUCAGGAUUGUUACCAAACCCGCAACUCGAAACUUCAGUUCUAUCGGUGUGUCUUACAACAAUUGCGACUCUCUUUGCACUUCCUUAUGGGUUAAGUGCUGCAGUAAGUACUAGAGUAUCAAAUGAAUUGGGAGCAGGGAACCCAAAAGCAGCUCGAAACGCAGCGUAUUCAGUGAUGUUCAUUACAGCGGCGGAGUUAAUUCUAGUGAGCGUUACACUUUUCGCGACUCAGCAUGUGUUCGGUUACACUUUCAGCGACGAGAAAGAGGUGGUCGACGCUGUUUCUAGCAUGGCUCCAUUGAUUUGCUUGUCUGUAAUAAUAGAUGGCUUACAGGGCAUCUUUUCAGGGGUUGCAAGGGGAUGUGGGUGGCAACAUAUAGGAGCAUAUGUGAAUCUAGGUGCAUUAUAUCUUUGUGGUGUUCCAGCUGCUGCCAUUUUAGGGUUUUGGUUUGACCUCAGAGGAAGAGGACUUUGGAUCGGCAUUCAAAUUGGUGCCCUUUUGCAGACACUGCUUCUCUUCAUAAUAACAAGCCGUACGAAUUGGGAUAAACAGGCUAGGAUGGCAAGUGAGAGGUUAUUUGAAAGAAAAUCUUCAGUGGAAAAUCUAUUGAUGAUUAAUCAACAUCAAAUCUUAUUAUCUUUCGGUUAGAGUAUUUAGGAUUAGGAAUUUUUAAUCAGCUAAAAUACACCGAAUUUUACUUUGGUGAUAGAUUUGAAAUAAAAUGAAAAUUCGUGCCUUUAAAUGACAACUUUUAAAGGUCAUGAUUAAAAUGAAACUUCGUGUAAAGUUCGUGAUUUUUUUAGAAAUUAACCCUUAAUUUUCUUUAUUAGUUAGAUAUUUUACCAUUUUUCUUUUUUUUUCAUGUUGUAGGCUAGGAUGGCAAGUGAGAGGUUAUUUGAAAGAAAAUCUUCAGUGGAAAAUCUAUUGAUGUGAAUGACAGUAGAAUAAACUGAUGAUAUAAUGUUGUAUGUUGUUGUAAGGGAUUUAAUAAUGCUUCAAUGUUUAUUUGAAUUAAUAUAAAAUUUAUUAUUUAAAUUAA